CUGCACCCGAAUCCAACCCCGACUCGCGGCCUGAUCAUGACGCUGCUUGUGGUGAUCUGCAUCUGCCUACUCUUCCUGUCCCUCAUCGACUCCCGUCCUCCCACUCCCCGCCGCAUUCAGCCGCUGGACUGCCUCAACGUGUAUGGCCGCCUCGCCGAACUGCGGCAAGACCCGCUGUUCGACGUGCCACCCUCGGGCACUGCGCCGCAAUGGUCAGGCCUGUGCUAUUCAACAGUCGUGAGGCUGCACCGAGGCCCCUUGAGGCGGCCGCGAUGGUGCAGACUCUUUGAAGAGAAAGAGAUGCUCACCAAGGAUGAAGUACGCACACACACGGGGACGCGCAUACACCAUGAUUAAUGGGUUGAGCGCACUGAAUGUGCCUCUCCGUGUGUGUGUGUGUGUGUGUGUGUGUGCAGUUCCGGGAGGCCCUGAACAAGCUCGGUGAGCAGACACACACACAAUGAAUGGACGACUCAGCGAGAGUAUCCACGUGCUUCGUCUGGCCGUGUGUGCGCCCCAGAGUUCUUUUGGCCGCGAUGCGAGAAGCGCCGGACCUUUUAUUGCUUCCGUCAGCUCUCGAAAGAGAUGGAUCGGAAGAAAGGCAGCCUGCCCAAAAGGUCGGCCAUCUUCGACAGCCAUGGAGAGUUCCGCCGAUCUGUCCGCCGUGUCAAUGUGUUGAUGACCGACCAGAGCCUGCCUCAACCGCUGGUCAACGUCCUUUUCGACCGGUUUGCCCACCCGAGGCACAACAAGGUCACCAAGAAGAGCAUGAAGCGAGCACUGAAGCGCCUGCAUCCUGAAGGCCACAAGCGAAAAAAGAAAGUCAAGAACCUCACCUUUCCUGACUUCUCGCGGGAGAUCAUGAGAAGUGAUCCGCUGGCUGUGGACGACCCGCCUGGCCUGUUUAGCAACUGGACACUUCUGCCGUGGCGAAGGAAGAGCGAUGCUUUGGUGGAUGCACCACCGUAUUCCGUGCCUCAGGCGGUGAGGGUGCCGGGGUGUCGAGCACUGAGGCGACUGCCCACAAAGGUCGUCAUGCUUGACGUGGACGGUGAGCGGAGAGCACCAACAGGUGCGUGCAAUCGCGUUGUCCGUUUGUUGUCAGGUGUGCUGCAUCCUCUGAUUGGUCAGCCGAGGUUUCAGGAGGGCAAUAUGAGGGAGCUGGGCAGGAUUGUCAACGAGACAGGGGCCCGGAUUGUGCUGUCAAGCACCUGGCGGCUGCUACCAAGGACGACAAGAACGUAUGAGCAGACAGAAAAGAGCCGGUCAUCUGUCAUUGCAUCCAUAGCCUACAUCAACCUGUCUUUUGUCUGCAGUGUGAAUCGGAAGCUGGAGGAUGCGGGAUUAGCGCCCAUUGUGGGCAAGACACCUUGCCGACUCGAUUUCUGGCAGAGGCACGCCCGGAGUCCACACAGAUAUGCCAUUCCCAUACAUAGGCGUGUGUGGCCUCCGUUUUUCCUUCCAGGCACAAGGAGAUCGUCGAUUGGUUGAGGGAAAACCCAUACGUGCAGCGUUGGGUAGCUCUAGAUGACCAUGCGCUAAGUCUGCCUUCAACACACUUCAUCCAGUGAGAGCAACAAACGGUACCCACACUGUGCGUCUUGCCAUUUGUGUUGCGUUGGAUCAGAACGAACGGCAUGGUCGGCCUGACAUCCAGGGAGGCGGACCGUGCGAUCUCGCUUCUGAACGGCUGGACAAGACCGGUGCCGCCGCCAGAGAUCUUUGCGCACAUAGGGUUGCGUCAGAGGGUCUCUGGGCUGCUGCCUAAACCUUUUCGAUGACCUGUCGACGCGUGUCUGUGUGUGUGUGUGGAUGGACUCAUAACGCUCAUGCC